CCGCUCAACUCAACCUCGUUGACUGGCUGUGAACUCUCACCCCAGCUGCUCGGGAAAUGUCAUACAGGCAGGGAGGCCCGUGCUGCAGUAGGGGGGCGUAAUAGGAAGAAAAAAAAAUAACAUUUUCUCCGCACUCAGCGCUUCAUUCAGCAGAGACUUUUCCGUCAGAGUGCCACAUCCCGCUCCUGCUACCACCGCCGCCAGCAGCAGCAGCAGCCGCAGAUAUCGCAUCGCAGCCUCGGUGCUCGUUUCGCAUUAAAGCUGAUAUAUAUUCAUAAUAAAAAAGCCCUGGUAUGGCAGAAAUGGGACAGAGCAGUCCUCCUCCCUCGAAGAUGUCUGCACAGGAGGCUACUUGGCCUGUGAAGCAGCUGCCCAGUAGAAGAUCCUGGGAUUGAGAAUCCCUUUACACUGAUGGCCUGGACUGAGUUUCAGCUGACCUGCUGAAGCUAUGGGGAGCUGCUGGAGCUGUCUUUACAGAGACCCCAUCCAAGACAACCAUCUCACCAAAUUUAAGGUCAUCAAUGUGGACGAUGAAGGAAACGAGCUGGGCUCUGGGAUCAUGGAGCUCACCCAGACUGAGCUCAUUCUUCACACUUGCAAAAGAGACGCCAUUCGGUGGCCGUAUCUCUGCCUGCGACGCUAUGGCUAUGACUCCAACCUGUUUUCCUUUGAGAGUGGUCGCCGCUGUCAGACAGGGCAGGGAAUCUUUGCAUUCAAAUGUUCCCGGGCUGAAGAGAUCUUCAACCUGCUCCAGGAGCUGAUGCAAUGCAACAGCAUCAACGUGGUGGAGGAGUCAAUGAUGAUCAGUCGCAGUGGCCAUACACCAGAAAUGGAAAUGUCUCGCACACCACAGACUCCCAACACUGCAGCUUUUCCUGUGCAGUCCUUUCCAAAUGGGUAUCCAGGUUAUCCCAUCAGAGGGGACUCCUCCCAACCAUCUCUAGAAGAUCAUGGACACAGUCUCAUGGGUUUGGAAGACCAGACUCACACGUAUGUGAAUACUGUGAGUAUGGACGGGGAUCUUUCCAUGCGUCACUGUGUGCACUCUCUGCCUGAGGUGCGACCCAGUGCUUUGCCCGAAACGACACGUGGAGCCAUGCCUGUCGGAGGUCAAGGGAAUCCACAAUCCAACCUUAGAUGCUGUCCCCUUGAGGAGCGCAAAGACCCCCAGGUGUUCCUUCAGCCGUCCUCGCAGGAAGUCAAAUUCAUGCUUGGGCCCACUCCAGCUCAACGGCAUCUCAUUGAGAGGGAGAGGCUCGGUCACAAUCCUCACAACCUUCAGCCAGCAGAGGGCGCCACAGGCUCAGAGACUGAGGGGGACGAGCCAACAAUGCACCUGUGCAACACUCACUCCUACCAUCUUUUCCAUCACCACAUGCACCGGCAUCCGAGCCACGAGCACCCGGACAGCUCCCAGAGCGGCGAGCUCACCUACGAGAACAUCAACGACCUGCGGAGUGGCCGCAAGCAGCGCCUGAGCCCCAGCAGUGUGUCUCAGUCUGUGGGGUCCAGCAGCAGCAGCAGCACCGGGGAUAGCCACUCACACUCCCUGCUGCAUUCUCACGGCCAUGGGCCUUCUUCUCUACCCCCACAAGGUUACGCCUGUGAGAGGAGCAUGGGCGGAGGCCACCGUCGGACAGCUCUUCUCAACUACGAGAACCUGCCCUCACUGCCACCUGUGUGGGAGUACAGCGCCUUGCAGCGGGACGAUGAGCAGGAGGAGGACGAUGAAGAUCAGGAUGAGGAUGAAUACGAAGAAGAGGAGGAUGACUUUGAUGAGUAUGAGUUCUCAGAAGGCCCAGGGACGCCCAAUGGGUACCACCAGGACAGUCGGGGUAUUCACAGAGACGCCCUGCAGAACUAUGUCAACACAGAGCAGGUGCAGCCACCCCGCCUCCGGCACCCUUGUCCACCGCAACCACGGGUGUGUCGACCAGACAGCGGGGGGCGGAUAUUUAGCUUUGAUAUCCGAAGGCGUUCGCGUUCAGGGGUCGGCGGUUGUGAGCACAGCCACAUACCUGCAUCGCGGCAGCUGAAUUACAUCCAGGUGGACCUGGAGGAAGACCCUUCCCGCCAAGCCCUCGGCAGUGGGGGUGCCCAGCCACAGCACCAGCGCCUACCACCCAAAAAAUGUGGCCCUCCCGUACCAAGACGCAGUGAGUGCUAUGCCGUUAUUGACCUGAAGAAGACCGCUGCCAUGUCCAACCUGCAGAAGGCACUCCCCAGGGAUGAUGGGACUUCCAGAAAGACUCGCCACAACAGCACAGACCUGCCUCUGUAAAGAAGUUCUGACUGAAGUCAGAUAAAGGCUCAUCCUCAUGUUAGCACACUGGACCCUUCACUGUCAUCUAUCCAUUCGAGCUUCGGGACGACUGAAAUGGUGCAGGUAUCUAAUUAGAAACACGAUGAGACUGAAUUAUGAAUGGAAAUUAGAAAUGUCUGAGGAGGGUUUGCCAUAUGUCUUUUUUUAAACCAAACUUCAGGUAAAACUGCUCUUAAUAGCAUUAAGUCUCAUAAAUAUAUGUAUACCGUGCCUUGUAAAAGUACUUCAGUCUCUUAGACUUUUUCUAAUGUUAUAAACACAGACUUGAAUACCUUUUUGAGGGGAUUCUAUGUGAAAGACCAACACAAUGUAGUGUCCAUACAUUCAAUGAAUGAAAAAAAAGAAAAAGAUCCUGAGAAGCAAAUAAUACAGAUUUUCGAUUGGAGUUAGAUCUGAUCGUUAGCUAGGUCAUUCUGGCUUCAUGUUUACGGCUGUUCUACUGGAAGGUGAAUGUCUGUACCAGUCUGAAGUCUUUUACAGCUUCCCUUCCAGCAUUGACUGCAGUUAGCUCCAUCCAUCAUCAAAUGACCACCUUUUCUGGCUCUUCUACUGAAAAGUAUCCCCAUAGCAUUAUGCUGCCACCACCAUGUUGGAUAAAGCCUGGAUUAUGCUCAGAAACCAGGUCGUCUGCGUGUGUGUCGCAGUUAACGUUGUAGCUCUGUGCCAAAACACGCAGCGCCACGGCCAGUCUUUCGGGAACAUUCACGGAUAAACUGUGUGUCGUCCAGCGUUGGGUGAGGGGUUGUAGAUGGUAAACAAGCUUGUCUAACCGACACACGGACACCCACUAUCCUAGCUAGUUCGUGAUUGUCCCUCUUGCGUUGUGGCGUGGAAUAACAUAGCGCAGAACACGCUUCAAAAUUGGGCAUAAAUCAAAAAUAUCUGCGUCAUACCUGCGACAAGCUCACUGCGACACACAGCUACAGGAAUAUAACCCGCCCUUAAGGAAGAUGGUGUUUGUUCAGAGCAGCCUAUACCAAUUUGCUGUGUCCCUUCACACGACCUGUACAGCACUAUAAAUAGGCAUUCUCUUUACUGUUUUUACAUAGGGGCUCUCUCUUUACAACACACCUGCGGAGGACAGGGGUCACAGUUGUUGCGUCAAUAGAUUUUUUCACCUGAGCACUGAAUCUUUGCAGUUCCUCCAGAGUUAUCCUUCUCGGGUGCUUCUUUUGGUCCUUUUAAAAGUAAAUUGUUACUCAGUAGUUCCACUUUGUGCUGUUCUAUCUCAUAAAAUCCCAAUAUGGAAGUUUGUGAUUGCAGUGUCACAAGUUGUUUUUUUGUUUUUUUUUGCAAGACACUGUAUCCCUCUAAUUAUGACUCUUUAUGCUUUAGCUUUGGGUUUUUUUGGUGGAAGCAAUCAUUGCCAUAUGGUAUUAUCAAGUUAAAGUUACACUCAUUUCAUUCAUGUUUAUUUUUUAUUUUUGUCAGAUUCUAAACAGCAGAGCUGCAACCCUCAUCAGUGAGGAACCAUUGAUGGCAUGAAGGCAGGCCAAUGGUUUCUCCUGUGGCCGGUGUUCAUACCUCAUCACAAGCACUUAUGUCUAAUUUUGUGGCUCGUAUGGUUAUUACUAUAUUCCUAAAGAGCAUUUUGCACACAAUCCUAUUGAAUUGUAUUAAAUCAUUGUGUAUAGACAGUUUUAACUGAGAAGAGUUUGAAGAGAAAAAGAUGAAGAUAUUGAGAGAGAAGUAACUAACUGUAUGGCAGGAACCGUAGCACACAUUGAGUAAAGUAAGUUUGGCUCUCUGCUGUCGGCAUGCAGAAACAAAACCGUAGCAUAUCAUCCUCACUCUCAUUUCCUGCAUAUCAUUUCCUCGUGCAGGGAAGUUUGGUCCAUGCCAGUCACAUUGCACUUUUGACUUCUGGCCAUUUUGUCACCUCUGCAGCAACAGGCUGGGUCCUUUUUUUGUUUCUUUCUUCUUUUUCUUUUUAACACAAAAAA